CCACUUUCAACCUACCCAAACUCCUUCCUCUCUAUCAUAAUCUCACAGCGGAAGAAGGCUAUUCAAAAUGUCUGACGCUGGUUCUGAAACUUCCAACCCCCCCGCGGCCGAGGUCGAAGCCGUCGAAGUCGCCGAAGUUUCAGCUGAAAAGUCUGGUCCCAUGUCCGUAGAAGAUGCUUUGCAAGAAGUUAUCAAGCUAGCUUUGGUCCAUGAUGGUCUUGCCAGAGGACUUAGAGAAUGCGCCAAAGCUUUGGACAAAAGGGAAGCACAUUUAUGUGUAUUGGUUGAGACUGUGACUGAGGCCGAAUACCUCAAACUCAUCGAGGCGCUCUGCGCGGAACACAGCAUCCAACUCAUCAAAGUUUCCGAUGCGAAGGUCCUCGGUCAAUGGGCCGGGUUGGCUAAGAUUGACCGAGAGGGGAAACCACGUAAGGUCGUGGGAUGUUCUUGUGUCGUAGUCACCAACUACGGUCAGGAUUCUCCUGCCCUUCAAGUACUCUUGGAAUACUUCAAAACUCGUUAAAAAGUGAGACUCAUCCCCUCCCACUCCCUAGUGCACCUAUCACAAACUUCAAUGAUGAUCAUGGGACUCCCUCUACGCAAAAUACAUGUCGAUAUCCCCUUGGAAUCGAACCUACCCUCUUUGAGGGCCAUCCGUUGUCUGAACCUUGUUUUCUGGUUUGUGCAUUUCAAAGUGAGAUGAUGCUGAUGGCAGUCUCCCACGAUAACAUCGACAAGUCACGUAGCACAUGCAUGGUAUUU